AUGGAAGAAAGGAGGAAGAAGGGAUUAUGUUAUUACUAUGAUGACAAGUGGUUUAUAGGGCAUAAGUGUAAGACUCCAGGAUUUUUCUAUAUGGAUGGUUUACAAGAAAUGGACUAUCAAGGUGUGCAAGAUCUUCAAUUGGGGGAAUUAACUAAUGAACAAGCUUCUCAGUUGGAAUUGCAGCAUGAGGUGGAUAGAAUUCCUGAAGGAGUGGCUGAGAUAACUCUUUAUGCCUUGUUGGACAGUCCAUCACUAGCUAUACAACAGUGUUCAACCAUUGAUGAUCUACUCCUAGAGUUUGCUAAGGUUUUCGAGGCAGAUGAGAGUUGGGGUAUGUGCAUUGAUUAUAAAUCUUUAAACAAGGCCACUAUAGAGGAUAAGUAUCAUAUUCCUAUGGUUGAUGAAUUGUUAGAUGAAUUGUGUGGUGCUGCCAUUUUCUCUAAGUUGGAUCUUAGAUCAGGAUAUCAUCAAAUUAGGAUGAAGGAGAGUGAUAUUUAUAAAACUGCAUUUAGGACUCAUGAGGGGCAUUAUGAGUUUCUUGUUAUGCCUUUUGCUCUCAAACAGGCUGUUUCCAACCCACCAGUCCUUGCUUUUCCUAAUUUUUCUAAGACCUUUGUAAUGGAGUGUGAUGCUUCAGGACUUGCAGUGGAGCUAUUUUGA